AUGGACGAGUUCUACAACAUCGACAGUGGAGUGCGUGCCCUAAACACGAUGCUCAUUACUCGCAAAGAGGAAGUUGCAGCUAAAGAAGACAGCCAAGGCGUUGAUUGGCUUUCGGACAGCAAGAUCCUUGACGACUCCAGAUUUGAAUUCGUUGCGGUUGAGAACCCAAAGAGUUGGAUUCUGGGGAAGAAGGGCGAGGAUGGGAGCGUCGAGGAAGCGGUGUUCAGAGUCCCAGGCAUUCUUUGCGGCAAAGACUUGCCGCCUAUUCAAGGACACUCGACCUCCAAAUCGCUCCUUCGCGGAAGACGUUACAUGCGACAACACGUCAAGAUUACAGGAUUCGGAGAUCCUACCUUCCAGGCUGCUUUUGAACGCAUCGAAGAAGCAUACUUGAAACUUAACGGCUCCCUUAAGGACGGUCUCCUGGAAGGAUGGGGCCCAGCAACUUUCAACAAUCACACCGCUAUCGAAGCGAACACUCGGUAUUUCACUCACGUAUCCGCUGUUGGCGAUCGCCAGAAGGUGCCGUUCUCCAGGUUUGUGGACCCGGAUGGUGUCCUUGCUUCCUUAGCGCAGAACGAGUUUGUGCACACGGAGGACAACGAGGUUCAAUAUCUGGAACGGUUGCACGACAUGGAUCCGAAAUUCCGGGCAGUGUCACCUACCGUCUUCAAGGACGGUGAUAUCGUGGAGGCUACAAUUGCUUUUGUAGGCAUUCCGACAAAGAAUAGAACCGUGAAGUUUCUCGUCACCCUCAAGGCAAUCGUCUUACUCGACCAGAAGGAAAGAGAUAGGGCAGCCAUCCUUCGUAUGAGAAGCAAGUAUAACCAGUUCGGCGGGGAGCCAGGGAGCACAGCACAGACUAUAAUGAAGCGCAAAAUCUUUUAUGAUUCGGUGAACGACGACUACUCUGGUGAGACAGAGCGUCAACUGUCAAAGAUGCGAAUCGAUUCUUAG